AUGGAAGCUAUCAAGAAAGGAUUGAAAACAGAUAUUGUUAAAACUCCUCGUCAAAAAUUCACAUCUGAAGAGGAUAAACGCUUAUGCGAACUUGUAACUGUUUAUGGGAAUAAAGCGUGGAAGAAAAUUGCGCAAAUCAUGCAAACGAAAAACACAAGGCAAUGCAGAGAAAGGUACAUCAAUUAUCUUGCUCCAAAUUUAACUAAUGGCCCAUGGACUCAAGAAGAAGAUUAUUCUUUAAUUCAAUUUGCCAGCCAAAUGGGACCACAUUGGUCAAAAAUAGCCAAAAUGUUUCCUACCCGUUCGGAUGUAAACGUUAAGAAUAGAUAUGCUCUUCUUGUAUCAAAAGGAAAAGCUCCACUACUUUCUUCCAAAGAAAUCAAAGUUAACAAGGAUUUUCAGAGCGAGACUAAUAAGGCUAAAACCAAUUUUAUAGAUGAAUUCAUGAGUUCUCCAUUAGAAGAUGAUAUAAUAUUUCCAACUGAUGAUUCCGCUAAUCUUAUGAAUAUUGAUGGAUGGGAUUCAAGUAUGGAUGACAUAGAAUAUUACAGUAAGUAUCCCAAUUCAAUACUAAAGCCCAUGCUAAAUUGUUUUAUAUUUAUAAAUUUGAAUACUUUACAUAAUUUUUUUGAAUGA